GGCUGUGUGUUGGAGAAUGCAGAAGCAUAGCGCCUGACAAAAACAUCUCUGCAAAUCCGCCCGCACUCCUGUGCGCUUCAACUUAAUAUAAUAGGAUUUUUUAGUUUUAAGCACUUACACGUAAGCUUUUGUACCGACUGGUAAUAAAAUAGCCAUGUCCUAAAUUAAAUUACGCUAGUUUCCAUUCUCCUCCUGAAAGACCCCAACAUGGUCCUUACGACACGGAUAGAAGACACCAGCGACUAAAAUAAUAAUACGGUCAAGAGGAAUGUGGAAUUGUUGGAGAGUUACGUAUCAAUUGGCAUCGGGUGGCACCAUCAUCGAACCAAAGAAGAGACAAAGGAUCGUCUAAAGUGGUCGAGAUUUAAAAUAAUUAUAAGACUUUAGGAAAGAAAAGUGGUAAUCCUGUGCUAAUUGUGUAUAUUAAAUUUAAUCCAGCACUCUACAGGUAUUAUUUCAAGUGUAAUUUAACUCUGUGACAAGGUUGACUACACUCGCUUCCCAAAAUGACUGAAGAAAAAGAGCUAAUCGCCAGGCGGGCCAGCUAUAAAGGCCGACUAACCAUUUUUGAAAAAUAUAUGGAGGGUUUGAAAGUUGCUUCAUUGACAUCAGCUGAGGUAAAUGAAUUGCAGUUGCGUAUGGGCAAAAUUGAGUCGUUGUAUGUCUAUUAUGAUGAGGUUCAAUUAAAACUUGAGUGCAGUUCGAGUGACUCUGACAGUCAGUUAACUGAGCGAGCAGAGUUUGAAAGUAGGUAUUUUAAAUUACUUUCUAAUGCUCAAGAUAUAUUGGCCAAAAAGCAAGAAUCGACUUUCAACUCGGCCGCAAGCGACCAAUCAUCGCAUAAAGGAAAUAAUAAGCUUGUUCGGUUACCAACUAUUCAAUUGCCAAAAUACAAUGGUUCCUAUGAAAAUUGGUUAGGCUUUCGCGACACCUUUACUAGCCUCAUUCACUCUAACGACGAUAUAGACGACAUAAACAAAUUUCAUUACCUUAGGGCUUCCCUGGAGGCAUCCGCUGCAGUCGUCAUACAGUCGGUAGAAUUCUCGUCUGACAACUAUGCCUUGGCAUGGAAUCUUCUAUGUGAUCGCUUCAAUAACAAGCGCCAAUUGCUGCAGAAUCAUGUAUCGGCCUUGUUCAAUAUUGAACCGAUUGCACGAGAAUCUUCUAGUCACAUUAAAAGGGUCAUAGAUCAGGUUAACAAAAACCUUCGUUCUUUAGAAACACUAGGCGAGCCCGUUAAAGAAUGGUCAACACUUCUCAUUCACAUUAUUGCACAAAAGUUAGACACAAAAUCAUUUCGUGAAUGGGAGGAGUUCAAGGGUGGUUUAGACAAAAACAAAACUGCUACUUUCGAGGAGUUCCUAACUUUCCUACAAAGCCGUGCUGAUUUACUCGAAACACUAGAAUUAUCAUCGAAUCAGUCACUUCAACACACUAAAAGUGCAACUAAAAUUAAAACUAUGAUAGCCGUGCAGGACAAAAUAGGUAAUAAUAGCAAUAAAACUCAGCCGCCGGCGACUAAGCCGUGCCCGAGAUGUAAGGGCGAUCAUUGUUUAUCAAACUGUGCACAAUUUCUUGCGUUAAGUAAUACGGCUCGAUUGCAACUAUUACCUAAUUAUAAGGUUUGUUUUAACUGUUUUAGAGGUGGUCAUUAUGCCAAUCACUGUAAAAAACCUGGUUGCAAGAUAUGCAAACGAAAACACCAUACGUUAAUUCACGUAUCUGAGAGCAUACCUAGAUCGACAUUAAAUAGUGAUAAUUGCACGGGCGUUAUCAGUGGUGUCGACCAGAGGACUGCGCCCGCGCUCCCGCUCCCCGCCAGUGCCGAGCCGGCUCAGGUUGCAUUGUCAGCAAAUGUCUCGCCGAGUACUUCGUCUUUAUACUGACAUAGGGCACAAGACGUACUGUUAUCAACUGCACUUAUAAAAAUAUACGAUUCGAAUAAACAGGAGCACAUCGCUCGCUGUGUUUUAGAUAAUGGCAGUAUGUCUUGUCUCAUGUCUCAAAAAAUGUAUAAUAGGCUAAACCUGGCAACCGAUUUUGUAAAUAAAAGUCUUAUAGGUGUAAACAAAAAGUCGUCGCCUAUAACUGAAAUGUGUCGAGUCGAAAUUAAAUCGCUCAAUGAGAGGUUCGCAAGUGAUUUGCACUGUUAUAUUUUGCCUUCAAUUACAGACGUUAUUCCCUCUCAUCGAAUCGACGUGUCAAAAUUAAAUAUUCCAUCUAACAUAUGCCUAGCGGACCCGUAUUUUUACAAGCCGUCUGAUGUAGAUAUGAUAAUUGGGGCCGAACUAUUCUGGGAUUUGUUAGGAUG